AAACUUGGACAUAUCAUUACGGUCAUCGACGUCAUCUUGCUGCACUCACUCUCCGCACAGAUGUCAGAAACACCACCAGCCUUUGGCCGCGUAUAUAACCCGCUAAAAUGCCUUCUUCAAUGUCAUCUCUCUUAUUCACCUUUACCCACCAACACCCUCCUUUGUUCCACUCACCAUGUCCGACACUCUCAAUCCCGCCACCCUCUUGAGUCGUCGUUUCCGCUUCGAAGAAAUACCAGACCUUAAAGGCAAAGUCGCCCUCGUUACCGGAGGCUCCGCAGGUAUCGGAUACUAUAAUGUUCUUCCUCUUGCACGCGCUGGAGCCAAAGUCAUCACAAUCUCUGCUAACGAGGACAAAGGCAAGAACGCCGAAGCAGAGAUCAAUGAGAAUAUAAAGCAAGCCGGUUCUGCUGGCUCGGUCACUUGGUAUGGUUGCGAUUUGGGCAACCUGAAAGAAGUGGAUGGAUUAGCGAAGAAACUUGCGCAGGAGCUGGAUCAAUUAGAUAUCUUGAUCUGCAAUGCUGCGAUUGGGCAAGCUCCGUAUGGCCUGACUGAGGAUGGACUGGAGAGACAUUUCGAGGUCAAUAAUCUCAGUCAUUACGUUCUCGUCAACCGUCUCCUUCCUAUAAUGAAGAAGACGGCCGAGACGGCACCCCCGGCGAGCGUUCGUAUCGUCAUGCAGUCCUCCGAAAUGCACCGGGUCGCCCCCAGUGGCACUCAGUUCGCUUCCAAGGACGAGAUCAACAAGGACGGUGACGGCUCUCAACUCUACGGCCGAACGAAGCUUGGCCUGAUCCUGCUUGCCAAACAACUGGUCAAACGCAAACUGGACACCAGCACCGACGGCACCAACCCAAUCCUCGCCAUCUCAGUCCAUCCUGGUACCGUCGAUACCGAAGUCCAGAAAUCCUGGGUCGAGUCCUAUGGGAGUAUCUUAGGUAAGGCUUUAGAGGUGUUUUCAACGACAGUAGGCAAGAGUGCGCCCGAGGGUGCUGAGGCUAGUUUAUGGGCUGCUACGAGUACGGAUAUUGGGGAGGGAAAUUGGAGGGAGUAUCAGGGCAACUACUAUACCGAGGCAUAUGGGAAACCGGGCAAGGAGACUAAGCAGGCCAAGGACGAGCAGUUGGGAGAUAAUUUCUGGAAUUUGUGUUCCGAGCUGGCGAUGGACAUUCUUGGGGAUGAUGUCCAGUAGAUCGGGCGUGGAUAGUCGCAAUAAUCAGUAAUCAGUAUCGCUACAAAGAACAGAAUCGAGAGAGACCCCUUGUAUAAUAUCCCUAAAUGUCCUAUAUGAUAUGUUCGUAGUGUGCC